AGACAGAGGCUGGCUGAGUGGCUACCUGGGUGAUGAUGAUGAGAGACAUAAAAAGAGAAGGGAAGUGAGAAAAGGGAAGGGCACAUGUCUGUAAUCACUGUUAUUUAUCUCUGGGUGGAUCUGUGCUGAACUAGGAAAUAAUGAGCAUGAGCAGAGCAGCAUUGAGCAACUUAGGGUGGGGGAUGGGGUCAGGGGAUAUUUUUGGCCUGCUUUUUCUCUGUUCUCUGAGACUUUGGGUGUGGAGGGCCUGUGUUUCUGAACAUGUGUGAGCGAUCUAUGUGGAUCCUCCACACCUUUCACACAACCACAUAGAUGAGUGUCAGUCAGGCCUGGAAAUGCCACUGUAAGGAUGUGGUGGAGUCGACCUAAAGACAUUUGGGGUUGGAGAAGCUGUCAGAGGCUGCUGGAUGUCUCAUUGGACAUAAUUACAUUAUACCAGAAUAGAUGUGCACGAUUAAGUAUGUAUGAUAUUUCAUGCUGUUGUUGGUGGCAUGUUGACAUGCUGUUACAGGGCGGUAGGUAGCCUAGCGGUUAAGAGCGUUGGGCCAGUAACCUAAAGGUCGAUGGUUAGAAUCUCUGAGCCAACUAGGUGAAAAAUCUGUUGAUGUGCACUUAAGCAAGGCACUUAAACCAAAUUGCUCCUGGGCAUUGCCGUCUAAAUGCUCUGUCAGGUUGGAUGGGGAGCGUCGCUGCACAGCUAUUUUCAGGUCUCUCCAGAGAUGUUUGAUCGGGUUCAAGUCCGGGCUCUGUCUGGGCCACUCAAGGACAUUCAGAGACCACAGCAUGAUUUUGCCACCACCAUACUUCACCAUAGGGAUGGUGCCUGGUUUCCUCCAGACGUGACGCUUGGCAUUCAGGCCAAAGAGUUCAGUCUUGGUUUCAUCAGACCAGAGAAUCUUGUUUCUCAUGGUCAGAGUCCUUUAGGUGCCUUUUGGCAAACUCCAAGCAGGCUGUCAUGAGCCUUUUACUGAGGAGUGGCUUCCGUCUGGCCACUCUACCAUAAAGGCCUGAUUGGUGGAGUGCUGCAGAGAUGGUUGUCCCAUCUCCACAGAGGAACUCUGGAGCUCUGUCAGAGUGACCAUCGGGUUCUUGGUCACCUCCCUGACCAACGCCCUUCUCCCUCGAUUGCUCAGUUUUGCUGAGCGGCCAGCUCUAGGAAGAGUCUUGGUGGUUCCAAACUUCUUCCAUUUAAGAAUGGACUACUCCGUGGAGUUCCGGACCCGGGCUCGAGAGGCAGGAUGGGAGGAGGCCACCCUGGUUGUCCUUUACGCGCAGGGGCUAUCGGAGGGGAUGAAGGACGAACUCUCCUUCACGGAGCUACCUGAGUGUCUGGACGGCCUCGUCGACCUCUCGGUGCGGGUAGACAAUCAGUGUCGUGAGAGGACGCAUGAGAGAGGGAUGACGCAAGGCGCGCCUCCGCGUCCCCCUAUCAGCCCGGAGACUUUCCGCCGAUUCAGGGAGGAGACGCCUCAGGAGGAGGCUAUGCAGCUGGGUGCGGCGUGCUUGUCCAGGAUGGAGAAGCAGAGCCGUCUGCUCCAGGGACGUUGCCUGUACUGCAGCCAGGCAGGUCACCACUGCGACUCAUGCCCAGAGAAGCCGGGAAAUGGGAGGGCUCGCUAAUAUCGAGAGGGGUGCUAGCGAGCCGGAACCCGAAACCCCAACUCCAACUCCAGAGACUACAGGACUUUUCUUCCCGUCAGGGUUCAGUGGGCCCGCGCUGCGCGUCGGGCGCAUGCACUGGUGGAUUCGGGGGCCGCGGGAAACCUGAUGGAUGCGGAGCUGGCCCAAGGGUGGAGCGUUCCGUUACUCUCCCUCUCCGAGCCGGUUCCGGUCAUGGGCCUGGACGGCCAGCCGUUGGGGUCUGGCUUCAUCACCCGGUGCACUAUCUCUGUGCGUGUCCGGGUGGCUAUGUUCCGGUCUCCACCGACCACUCAUCAGCCCAAACCACCGUCCCAGACCACCUACCAGUCCUCACCUCUUCCCCAGGUCCCGCACUCCAAACCGCCUACCGCCCUAGUGGCGGUUGCUACCGGGAUGAUGGUGGCUACAGACUCUGUCACCGGCCCAGACCUGGCAGGCGUUCCCGGGACUAUUGGGAUCUUGGGGAGGUGUUUAGUAAGAGGCGUGCCAAGGGCCUACCUCCUCACAGGCCAUAUGACUGCGCUAUCGAUCUCCUGCUGGGCCCCGGUCCUAGGGCAUCCUGAUCCGUCCCUGCCGUUCAUUGUGGAGGUGGAUGCUUCAGACGUUGCGGUGGGAGCAAUCCUGUCCCAGCGGUUCUUCACGGACGGUAAGACUCACCUCUGUGCGUUUUUCUCCCGUCGGCUGUCCCUGGCGGAGCGGAGUUACGAUGUGGGGAACCGUGAGCUACUAGCGGUCAAGCUCGCCCUGGGGGAGUGGAGGCUGCUCUGACCCCUGCCUAUCCCCAAGCACCCCUGGUCCCACAUCUCGCUGGAUUUCAUUUCCGCCCUACCCCCCUCUGAUGGAUACACAGUCAUCCUGGUCGUUGUGGACCAGUUUUCAAAGGCUGCCCACUUCAUUCCCCUUCUCAAACUCCCGUCGGCCCGGGAGACGGCUAAGUUGGUGGUGCAGCACGUUUUCCGGGUCCACGGCCUUCCCCAAGAUGUGGUGUCGGAUCGGGGCCCUCAGUUCACCUCCAGGUUCUGGAAGGCAUUCGCCACCUGCCUCAGCGCCUCUGUCAGCUUGUCUUCCGGCUUCCAUCCCCAGUCGAAUGGGCAGACGGAGCGCGUCAACCAGGAUCUGGACGGGGUGCUGAGUCCCCUGUAGCUCAGUUGGUAGAGCAUGGCGUUUGCAACGCCAGGGUUGUGGGUUUGUUCCCCACGCGGAACCAGUAUGAAAAAAAUGUAUGCACUCACUAACUGUAAGUCGCUCUGGAUAAGAGCGUCUGCUAAAUGCCUAAAAUGUAAUUUUUAAAAAAAUGUGCUACGCCUCCAGCAACCCAGCUACAUGGAGUCAGCGACUGGCGUGGGCGGAUUACGCCCACAACACCCUUCUCUGCUCGUCCACUGGCCUGCCCCCCUUCCAGUGCCAAUAUGGGUACCAACCCCCCCUAUUCCCAGAGGAGGAGGCAGUGGUCCCGUCGGUCCAGGCCCACAUCAGUCGCUGUCGCCGCACCUGGAGGCAGGUAUGGGCGGCACUUAAGCAGCCCUCGGUCAGGUCUCAACAUCAGGCCAACCGCAGGCGUCGCCCGGCCCCAGUUUUUCGCCCGGGUCAGAGGGUGUGGCUCUCCACGCGGGAUCUUCCCCUCCACAUGGAGUCGAAGAAGCUGUCCCCCCGGUUCGUCGGGCCAUUCAGAGUAGUCCAGCGAGUCAACCCAGUGGCCUACCGCCUGCAUCUUCCCCCCACCAGGAGGGGGUUGCAGUUCCGGAGCGACCCACUAGAUGUACUCCUCCGACAACCUUAGGCACCUCCUCACUCACAGUCUGGACUAAUCAUGAUCAUAUUGGUGUCACCUGUGUCUACCUGUUCACCUGUGUAUUUAUGCCCUCACUUCCCUGUGUUCCCUUGCUCUGUUUUCUCUGCUAGUUUCUCGAUGCCAAGCAGUACGAAUCAGUGUCUGAUCGCGAGACGUAUGUGCAGGUACUUGAGAAGUGUUCUCCCUGUUUCAUUGUUGUUUCAGUCAUAGUUAGAAUUUUGUAUUUUUGCUGUCAGACUGUUUUUGGAGACCAAUUUGCUCCUCCUUUAUUUUAUCGGGACAAGUCCGUUAUUUUGUAUCCCGGCUUUGGGACCACCAGUAAAGAUCCUUGUUUCACCAUCUCUGCCUACUGCCUACUGUCUAUCCUGCACAGCACCUGGGUCACACCUCACACCAACCCUUACAGCCUUCUGGAUGAUAGCGGGGUGAACAGGCAGUGGCAGUGGCUCCUUGAUUUAUCUUUUUGGCCUUCCUGUGACAUCGGGUGCUGUAGGUGUCCUGGAGGGCAGGUAGAUUGCCCCCGGUGAUGUGUUGUGCAGACCGCACCACCCUUUGGAGAGCUCUGCGAUUGUGGGCUGUGCAGUUGCCGUACCAGGCGGUGAUAUAGCCCAACAGGAUGCUCUCAAUUGUGCAUCUGUAAAAGUUUGUGAGGGUUUUAGGUGACAGGCCAAAUUUCUUCAGCCUCCUGAGGUUGAAUAGAUGCUGUUGCGCCUUCUUCACCACACUGUCUGAGGGGGCUGAGCACACACCCUUGUGGGGCCCCAGUGUUGAGGAUCAGCGAAGUGGAGAUGUUGUUUCCUACCUUCACCACCUGGGAGGCGGCCCGUCAGGAAGUCCAGGACCCAAUUGCACAGGGCGGGGUUGAGACCCAGGGCCUCAAGGUUGAUGAUGAGCUUGGAGGGUACUAUGGUGUUAAAUGCUGAGCUAUAGUCAAUGAACAGCAUUCUUACAUAGGUAUUCCUCUUGUCCAGAUGGGAUAGGGCAGUGUGCAGUGUGAUGGCGAUUGCAUCGUCUGUGGACCUAAUGGGGCGGUAUGCAAAUUGAAGUGGGUCUAGGGUGACCGGUAAUUUGAGAUUCUUCAAAUAGCCACCCUUUGCCUUGAUUACAUCUUUGCAUACUCUUGGCAUUCUCUCAACCAGCUUCAUGAGGUAGUCACCUAGAAUGCAUUUCAGUUAACAGGUGUGCCUUCUUAAAAGUUAAUUUGUGGAAUUCCUUCUUAAUGCGUUUGAGCCAAUCAGUUGUGUUGUGACAAGGUGUGUGUGUGUGUGUGUGUGGGGGGGGGGGGGGGGGGGGGGGGGGGGGGGUAUACAGAAUAUACAGUGGGGAAAAAAAAGUAUUUAGUCAGCCACCAAUUGUGCAAGUUCUCCCACUUAAAAAGAUGAGAGAGGCCUGUAAUUUUCAUCAUAGGUACACGUCAACUAUGACAGACAAAUUGAGAAAAAAAAAUCCAGAAAAUCCCAUUGUAGGAUUUUUUAUGAAUUUAUUUGCAAAUUAUGGUGGAAAAUAAGUAUUUGGUCACCUACAAACAAGCAAGAUUUCUGGCUCUCACAGACCUGUAACUUCUUCUUUAAGAGGCUCCUCUGUCCUCCACUCGUUACCUGUAUUAAUGGCACCUGUUUGAACUUGUUAUCAGUAUAAAAGACACCUGUCCACAACCUCAAACAGUCACACUCCAAACUCCACUAUGCCCAAGACCAAAUAGCUGUCAAAGGACACCAAAAACAAAAUUGUAGACCUGCACCAGGCUGGGAAGACUGAAUCUGCAAUUGUUAAGCAGCUUGGUUUGAAGAAAUCAACUGUGGGAGCAAUUAUUAGGAAAUGGAAGACAUACAAGACCACUGAUAAUCUCCCUCGAUCUGGGGCUCCACGCAAGUUCUCACCCCGUGGGGUCAAAAUGAUCACAAGAACGGUGAGCAAAAAUCCCAGAACCACACGGGGGGAUCUAGUGAAUGACCUGCAGAGAGCUGGGACAAAAGUAACAAAGCCAACCAUCAGUAACACACUACGCAGCCAGGGACUCAAAUCCUGCAGUGCGAGACAUGUCCCCCUGCUUAAGCCAGUACAUGUCCAGGCCCGUCUGAAGUGCAUUUGGAUGAUCCAGAAGAGGAUUGGGAGAAUGUCAUAUGGUCAGAUGAAACCAAAAUAUAACUUUUUGGUAAAAAACUCAACUCGUCAUGUUUGGAGGACAAAGAAUGCUGAGUUGCAUCCAAAGAACACCAUACCUACUGUGAAGCAUGGGGUUGGAAACAUCAUGCUUUGGGGCUGUUUUUCUGCAAAGGGACCAGGACGACUGAUCCGUGUAAAGGAAAGAAUGAAUGGGGCCAUGUAUCGUGAGAUUUUGAGUGAAAACCUCCUUCCAUCAGCAAGGGCAUUGAAGAUGAAACGUGGCUGGGUCUUUCAGCAUGACAAUGAUCCCAAACACACCGCCCGGGCAACGAAGGAGUGGCUUCGUAAGAAGCAUUUCAAGGUCCUGGAGUGGCCUAGCCAGUCUCCAGAUCUCAACCCCAUAGAAAAUCUUUGGACGGAGUUGAAAGUCUGUGUUGCCCAGCGACAGCCCCAAAACAUCACUGCUCUAGAGGAGAUCUGCAUGGAGGAAUGGGCCAAAAUACCAGCAACAGUGUGUGAAAGCCUUGUGAAGACUUACAGAAAACGUUUGACCUGUGUCACUGCCAACAAAGAGUAUAUAACAAAGUAUUGAGAAACUUUUGUUAUUGACCAAAUACUUAUUUUCCACCAUCAUAUGCCAAUAAAUUCAUAAAAAAUCCUACAAUGUGAUUUUCUGGAUUUUUUUUUCUCAUUUUGUCUGUCAUAGUUGACGUGUACCUAUGAUGAAAAUUACAGGCCUCUCUCGUCUUUUUAAGUGGGAGAACUUGCACAAUUGGUGGCUGACUAAAUACUUUUUCCCCCACUGUAGCCCUAUUUGGUAAAAUACCAAGUCUAUAUUAUGGCAAGAACAGCUCAAAUAAGCAAAGAUAAAAGAUAUGCCUUCAUUUCUCUUAGCUUCCAUUUGACACCACAUUUGAUGUGCUCCUAUGAACUUCACAUGAUAGUGCUCAUGGGGCAUAGAUACCACUGUUGUUCCUGUGACAGAUGAACAGUGAGAAUAGCCAGGCAGUAACUUGAGACCGUGUGGUUGGUUUGUUUCCUGUUGGUGUGCUUGAUCACAUUUCACUGUCUAGGGGGUGUGUUUUUGUGGGAGGACAGCUUGUCAUGGCACACACUGUCACAGGGUGUCAUAGGCAGCGUGAGAACCUGUCAUACAUGAGCCUCAACACACUAGGGCUCGUUUGGCCAAUAAGACUUGGCCAGGUGAGGUGUUAAAUGAGAUUGAGCUAAUUUAUAGGGGUCAGGGGACAGAUACCUCUGUUAAUCCAAAGCAUUACCCUCUUCUUAUCUAAUAUGUCCUCACCUUAUCUCACCACCUGCUUUUACAACAAUCUGAAAACUAGAUAAAUUAAAGGAAAUCUUUGGAGGCCUAUAUCAACUGUUACACUUGCUUUCACCUAUCGUCCAGUUCUGCAGAAUCAAUGCAAGUGACAAGGAAAGGAAGCCAUUUUUGAGAAUUCAGGUGCAGUGUUUGUUCCAGUUUCCUACCGGAGUGUGUUGAGCGUUGUGUCUCUCAGGCCACUGUGAUGCCCUGACAGGGGGAGAUGGGUUGGUGUUGGAUGCCAUGUUUGAUUUACUGGGUUACUGAGUGUGUUUUUAUAGUCCUAGUCUAUUCACAGACAAAGGAGAGUUUGUUCCAGCGUCUCUCUUUCUUCUUUCUCUCUAUCCCUCUCUCCCUCUCUCUCUUUCACACAGGCCUGUAAGGUAGCAUUCCACUUCUCUCGGCCUGACCGAUACCAGAGGAUGGAAAGAGGGCUGUUAUUAUUUGAAUCAUUUUUUGGGGGAAAUUGAAGGAGAUAAGCAAUGCGAUGGAGAUUAAUGACUUAAUUGAUGAGUGAAAACUAAUCUUAUCUAAUCUCGAAUAGAGUGAGCACACUUUGGUCUGUGUGCGUGUGUGUUUUUUAUGUGCACAUAGUUAUUGCAACAUAGGACAAGUGCAUGCCGACUCAAAGCAAAAAUAUUUUGGCCAGUCGUGACAAUUCCACCAUAGUGCUAGAAUGUCCUUUGGUGAGGUUGAUAAACAGAUUAACCCUUCCUCCCUCCCUGACUUGCAUUCUAAAUGAAAACAGCCUGUGUGAGUAACCGGAAGAUAGAUAGAAUUGUGGCGAUGUUGAGCUGUGACUCCUUUAUAUGUGGCAAUGUUGAGUUGUGACUCCUUUGUAUUUGUAUUUAUUAUGGAUCCCAAGGCAGCAGCUACACUUCCUGGGGUCCAGCAAAAUUAAGGCAGUUAUACAUUUUAAACACAUUACAAUACAUUCAUAACAUAUUUCACAAUAUAUUAAGUGUGUGGCCUCAGGCCUCUACUCUACUACCACAUAUCUAUAACACAAAAUCCAUGUGUACGUGUGUAUAGUGUGUAUGUUAUCGUGUGUUUGUAUGCAUGUGUCUAUGUUUGUGUAGUUUUACAGUCCCCGCUGUUCCAUAAGGAGUAUUUGUAUCUGUUUUUUAAAUCUAUUUUUACUGCUGGCAUGAGUUACUUGAUGUGGAAUAGAGUUCCAUGCUCUGCAUGGGUGUCCGAGCAGUGUGCCAGUAGUUCAAACAGACAGCUCGGUUCAUUCAACAUGUCAAUACCUCUCACAAAUACAAGUAGUGAUGAAGUCAAUCUCUCCUCCACUUUGAGCCAGGAGAGAUUAAUGUUAGCUCUCUGUGUACAUCCAAGGGCCAGCCGUGCUGCCCUGUUCUCAGCCAAUUGCAAUUUUCCUAAGUCCCUCUUUGUGGCACCUGACCACACGACUGAACAGUAGUCCAGGUGUGACAAAACUAGGGCCUGUAGGACCUGCCUUGUUCGUAGUGCUGCUAAGAAUGCAGAGCAGUACUUUAUUAUAGACAGACUUCUCCCCAUCCUAGCUACUGUUGUAUCAAUAUGUUUUGACCAUGACAGUUUACAAUCCAAUGUUACUCCAAGCAAUUUAGUCUCCUCAACUUGCUCAAUUGCCACAUGAUUCAUUACAAGAUUUAGUUGAGGUUUAGGAUUUUAGUAAAUGAUUUGUCCCAAAUACAAUGCUUUUAGUUUUUUUAAAUAUUUAGGACUAACUUAUUCCUUGCCACCCAUUCUGAAACUAACUGCAGCUCUUUGUUAAGUGUUGCUGUCAUUUCAGUCGCUGUGGUUGCUGACGUGUAUAGUGUUGAGUCAUCCGCAUACAUAGACAGGUAACACUGGCUUUACUCAAAGCCAGAGGCAUGUCGUUAGUAAAGAUUGAAAAAAGUAAGGGGCAUAGACAGCUGCCCAGGGGAAUUCCUGAUUCUACCUGGAUUUUGUUGGAGAGGCUUCCAUUAAAGAACACCCUCUGUGUUCUGUUAGACAGGUAACUCUUUAUCCACAAUAUACAGUGAGGGAAACAAGUAUUUGAUCCCCUGCUGAUUUUGUACGUUUGCCCACUGACAAAGAAAUUAUCAGUCUAUAAUUUUAAUGGUAGGUUUAUUUGAACAGUGAGUCAGAAUAACAACAAAAAAAUCCAGAAAAACGCAUAUCAAAAAUGUAUAAAUUGAUUUGCAUUUGAAUGAGGGAAAUAAGUAUUUGACCCCCUCUCAAUCAGAAAGAUUUCUGGCUCCCAGGUGUCUUUUAUACAGGUAAGAAGCUGAGAUUAGGAGCACUCCCUUUAAGAGUGUGCUCCUAAUUUCAGCUUAAAAGACCUGUCCACAGAAGCAAUCAAUCAGUCAGAUUCCAAACUCUCCACCAUGGCCAAGACCAAAGAGCUCUCCAAGGAUGUCAGGGACAAGAUUGUAGACCUACACAAGGCUGGAAUGGGCUACAAGACCAUCGCCAAGCAGCUUGGUGAGAAGGUGACAACAGUUGGUGCGAUUAUUCGCAAAUGGAAGAAACACAAAAUAACUGUCAAUCUCCCUCGGGCUGGGGCAACAUGCAAGAUCUCACCUUGUGGAGUUGCAAUGAUCAUGAGAACGGUGAGGAAUCAGCCCAGAACUUCACGGGAUGAUCUUGUCAAUGAUCUCAAGGCAGCUGGGACCAUAGUCACUAAGAAAACAAUUGGGAACACACUACGCCGUGAAGGACUGAAAUCCUGCAGCGCCCGCAAGGUCCCCCUGCUCAAGAAAGCACAUAUACAGGCCCGUCUGAAGUUUGCCAAUGAACAUCUGAAUGAUUCAGAGGAGAACUGGGUGAAAGUGUUGUGGUCAGAUGAGACCAAAAUGGUGCUCUUUGGCAUCAACUCAACUCGCCGUGUUUGGAGGAGGAGGAAUGCUGCCUAUGACCCCAAGAACACCAUCCCCACCGUCAGACAUGGAGGUGGAAACAUUAUGCUUUGGGGGUGUUUUUCUGCUAAGGGGACAGGACAACUUCACCGCAUCAAAGGGACGAUGGACGGGGCCAUGUACCGUCAAAUCUUGGGUGAGAACCUCCUUCCCUCAGCCAGGCCAUUGAAAAUGGGUCGUGGAUGGGUAUUCAGCAUGACAAUGACCCAAAACACAUGGCCAAGGCAACAAAGGAGUGGCUCAAGAAGAAGCACAUUAAGGUCCUGGAGUGGCCUAGCCAGUCUCCAGACCUUAAUCCCAUAGAAAAUCUGUGGAGGGAUCUGAAGGUUCGAGUUGCCAAACGUCAGCCUCAAAACCUUAAUGACUUGUAGAAGAUCUGCAAAGAGGAGUGGGACAAAAUCCCUCCUGAGAUGUGUGCAAACCUGGUGGCCAACUACAAGAAACGUCUGACCUCUGUGAUUGCCAACAAGGGUUUUGCCACCAAGUACUAAGUCAUGUUUUGCAGAGGGGUCAAAUACUUAUUUCCCUCAUUAAAAUGCAAAUCAAUUUAUACCAUUUUUUUACAUGCGUUUUUUCUGAAUUUUUGUUGUUGUUAUUCUGUCUCUCACUGUUCAAAUAAACCUACCAUUAAAAUUAUAGACUGAUCAUGUCUUUGUCAGUGGGCAAACGUACAAAAUCAGCAGGGGAUCAAAUACUUAUUUCCCUCACUGUAGCAGGGGGUUUAUAGCCAUAACACAUACAUUUUCCCAGCAACAGACUAUGAUCGAUAAUGUCAAAAGCCACACUGAAGUCUUUUUAUCAUUAAUUUUUCUCAGCCAAUCAUCAGUCAUUUGUGUAAGUGCUGUGCUUGUUCAAUGUCCUUCCCUAUAAGCGUGCUGAAAGUCUGUUGUCAAUUUGUUUACCUUGAAAUAGCAUUUUAUCUGGUCAAACACCAUUUUUACCAAAUGUUUGAGAAGGGUUGGUAACAGGCUGAUUGGUUGGCUAUUUGAGGCAGUUAAGGGGGCUUUACUAUUCUUAGGUAGCGGAAUAACGUUUUCUUCCCUCCAGGCCUGAGGGCACACACAUUCUAGUAGGCUUAAAUUGAAGAUAUGGCAAAUAGGACUGGCAAUAUCGUCCACUAUUAUCCUCAGUAAUUUUCCAUCCAAGUUGUCAGACCUCGGUGGCUUGUCAUUGUUGAUCGACAAUAAUACUUUUUUCACCUCUUCCACACUUACUUUACGGAAUUAAAAAUUACAAUGCUUGUAUUUCAUAAUUUGGUCAGAUAUACUUGGAUGUGUAGUGUCAGCGUUUGUUGCUGGCAUGUCAUGUCUAAGUUUGCUAAUCUUGCCAAUGAAAAAAUAAUUAAACUAGUUGGCAGUAUCUGUGGGUUUUGUGAUGAAUGAGCCAUCUGAUUCAAUGAAUGAUGGAGCGGAGUUUGCCUUUUCCCCCAAAAUUUCAUUUAAGGUACUAUUGUUCUUUAUGUCAUUUAUCUUUGUAUCAUAGUGUAGUUUCUUCUUCUUUUUAUUCAGUUUAGUCACAUGAUUUCUCAAUUUGCAGUACUUUUGCCAAUCGGUUGUACAGCCAGACCUAUUUGCCAUCUCUUUUGCCUCAUCCCUCUCAACCAUACAAUUCUUAAAUUCCUCAUCAAUCCACGGGGAUUUAACAGUUUUUACAGUCAUUUUCUUAAUUGGUGCAUGCUUAUUCGUAACUGGGAUAAGCAAUUUCAUAACUGUGUCAAGUGCAGCGUCUGGUUGCUCGUCAUUACACACCACAGACCAACAAAUAUUCUUCACAUCAACAACAUAGGAAUCACUACAGAACUUAUUGUAUGACCUCUUACACACAAUAUUAGGCCCAGCCUUUGGAACUUUGGUUUUCCUAGAUAUGGCUACUAUAUUGUGAUCACUACAUCCAAUGGAUUUGGAUACUGCUUUCAAACCAAAUUCUGCAGCAUUAGUAAAGAUAUGAUCAAUACAUUCCUGUACUGUUUGUAACUACCCUGGUAGGUUGAUUGAUAACCUGAACCAGGUUGCAGGCACUAGUUACAGUUUGAAGCUUUCUCUUGAGUGGGCAGCCUGAUGAAAGCCAGUCAAUAUUUAAAUCACCCAGGAAGUAUACCUCUCUAUUGAUAUGACAUAUAUUAUCAAGCAUUGUCAAGCACAUGUUAUCCAGAUACUGACUGUUAGCACUUGGUGGUCUAUAGCAGCUUCCCACCAGAAUGGGCUUUAGGGGAAGCUGGUGAGCCUGUAGCCAUAUUACUUCAACAGCAUUUAACAGGAGAUCCUCUCUAAACUUUACAGGAAUGUGGUUCUGAAUAUUGACCGCAACACCGCCCCCAUUGGCAUUUCUGUAUUUUCUGUAAAUGUUAUAACCUUGUAUUGCUAUCACUGUAUCAUCAAAGGUAUUAUGUAAGUGAGUUUCAGAGAUUGUCAGAAUAUGAAUGUCAUCUGUUAGUAGCAAAUUAUUGAUUUCAUGAACCUUGUUUCUUAAGCUACAUAUGUUAACAUGGGCUAUUUAUAACACUUUUCUGGGAUGCUUGAUAAUUUUUCUUGCUUUACUGGGAAGCUUAGCAGAAGUAGACAUACUUAGGUUAUUUUUAUUAGUGCAGGGUGAGCUGCACACAGUGGACUUCCUACUAGGGCACACCACCUCAGUGCUAACAGUAUUACUCUAGUUCAUAGGCAUAUGAUUACUGCAUACAAUUGCUGUAGGAUCAGCAGAGGCAUUCCGGGCAGUAAGAAGGACAUAAAUUAGGUUAUUUACAUUGUGUCUUCCAACGCCCCUAGGAUAAUGUACAUAUGCUGAAUCAUUAUGACAACUCAGCGACACAAUAGUAGGGAUUAAAUGAGCUGGACUUGGCUCGUUGAUAAGUCAUUGUCUCAACGCAGCCUUAUAAUGCUGUGAAAGGAUCCAGGAACCCAAAUGAUUUGGGUGGAUCCCAUCCUCCUUAUAAUACGAGCUUUGUUUCCAGAAGGUAUCGAAAUUGUCAAUAAGGGCUAAAAGUCUGCUGAACCAUUCAAUGCCACGAUUUAGGGAGGGCAGAGGGCCAGAUAUUAUGGGGCAUUUGUUGGUGUUAAGUAGAGACCCAAUCAGUUCUUUAAAAUCCAUCUUCAGCUGUUUUGAGCUGCCCUUCAUAAUGUCAUUUGACCCCACAUGAACCAUGACAGUAUCAUGCCCCGGUGACUGACUCACAGCCCCGGGAAGCAACCUGGUGAUAUCCUGAACUUUUGACACAGGAAAACACAAAGUCUUUGCCCCAGGUACAGAUAUAUGCCUCACCAUCGAACUCCCUAUCACAAUCGCCGGAAUGAUCCGGCCUCUGCCGUGUCUCGAAGCAGAUUGCGAGGCCAGAGCCACAGAACUCACCUGAGAAGAGGGCUGCUGCGACGCCGGCUGCGUGCAGGCCACAACUGCCAAAGGGACAGAGCUCUGAUCCAGAGAGCACAACCCAGCGGAGGGGGGCCGCGGUGGUCCAGGCUGUGCCCAGACAGUUGAUUGACUAGGACCGGAAGAGGUAUCUGGAGGGUCAUCCACAGCAAUGGAGGGAACACCCAAGCCCCCGACAGAGGACAGCUGGUACAGGGGCUCAAAGCGAUUUGAAAGUCAUAUGACCGGACACGGGGGAAGAUGGCCGGCGCGCCGAGAACGAUUAUUUUCCUUCUUUCUGGUUCCGACAUGCAUCCAUUUACGCUCACCUGGAGUCGAACAGUGAGCAGCCAUUUUCUGAUUGAAGCUAGUAGAGGAGUGCAGUGGCGGAAAUUGAUCAUAGUCCAGGAAGGUCCCAUUAUAAUCCUCUUGAAUGUUUUGAUAGGAAGCGAUAUUCUCAUAGAAUCGUUAUUCAGUUCAAGGUGCUUGGUCAAAUUUUGUAUUUCUUCAUGAAGAGUAAUAAUAAUUUCUUUAGCUGCAUCAAGUUCAAUACAUUUUUCACAAAUGAAGGUAUCCAUCGGACCUUUCCCUGUGACAACAACAAAUAUGUCGCAUAUUAUAAAUGUAAUUGCUUGCGAGUCCCCAGCAGAUUCAAAUGAGUUUUCACUGCUGCACGCCGACAGUCCAAGGGAACAAACAUUUCCCGGCUCCCCCGGGGACUUAGAUGCUCCCUCCAUGGCCACGGACGCCCCCACCAACCCCCCGCACAACUGUGUUGUUGUCUGUCUCUCGUUGAAUGUGAGAGCAAGAGAGAAGUACAGGGGGGCGGGUGAUGUCCUGGGUCGGUUAUCAGUGGCAGGUCGCCGGCUGUUCCUUUCUACGCACCGGCCCGGCUGAGUGUUUGUGUUCGGUGUAGCCUCUCAGAGCUGUGUCAGUCGUGUCCCCAGUUUCUGUAGUCAUGGGGGAUACAAAACAUACAAUUACAGCAUUUAUGGCCAACAAUUGGAUUCACACUCAUACGCUGGAAAUUAGAACUUUCCUUUAAUAGUUUUAUAGAGAGCGUUGUAUGAGUUGAGCUCUUGGUAGCCUGGCUCGGUAGUUGGUAUCCAGGUACUAAAGCGUCCGGGGUAAAAAGUUGAAUGAAAAAAGUAGAGCGAGGAAGAAACGAAGACGUUGGUAAAUGUGUUAAAUGCAGAGUUUAGAUUAAAUGGUUAUUAAAAGUAAAAAACGAAAAGUUUGGCAAGUGGCCAAGUCGCAACAAACAGCACGACAACGCGAGCUGCAUUUGCAGAGUAGGCGGGGUUAGUGUGAGAGAAACUGAAUGCACGUUACGUUUAUGGAAGCCUGAAGAACAGAGAACAACAUUUUCGGAUUAUGUUUUUACUACACCACCAUCUUGUGUGGUGGUGUUGUGAUGAGUUCUGUGUCCUGUUGCCAAAUGAGCUUCCCUGUUGCUCCCCAGCGCAUCCAGUGUUUGGCCUGUAAAUACCACAUCAUGAGUAAUGCUGGGGGUAGCUUGGUCACAGGGAGGGGAGCUAGUGACGGUAUAUAAACCGUAAUAAUGAUGGUUUGUUAAGAAAGCUGGAAUUCUUGUGUUCAUCAGAUGAAGUCAGUGCAUUCCUGCUGGGCAGCUCCCCUAUAGAUGGCCCCUGGACCACAGCCAAUAGUCAAUGAGGAGGAGAUCAUGGAGGAUUUGGUUAAAAACACAUCAGCGAGAGGAGGGGGAGGAGCUAGGCUAGGGGUUUGAGCUCGAACACUAGCUGUGCUGUGUACCAGUUACAUAGCAAGUGGGUCAUUUGAUCUAUUACUCAUGUUGACAUAACUUUUCUUAGGAUCACACUGCCAUAUCGGUGUCUUUGGCCUUACUGAGUUAUCAUAUGCCAAAUGAGACACUGUAUAGUCCUAGCCUACUACUACUGUCAUUUAAAAAAUUAUAUGUGUGUACUUUAUGAGUCAGGCUACGCAUGUUAUUGCCUUGUUAUUAGUGGAAUACAGAUCAAGCACAGUCAUAAAACGGAGUGCUGCUCCUGUUCGUCACUCUGAAAUACACUCAGGCUUAAUUAUCCUCAUGUGUUAGGCUAUGCUGCUCUUCCCAGAGACAGUGUCUGAAGUUCCAGGUCAGCCAGGUCUGCCAGAUCAGCUCCUGGUGGGAGGCAUCAAAGUGGAACACACACACACUGAGUGGCUACAGUGCAUUCUGCCUGUCCACUCCCCUUGGAUCUAAGCUGUCAUAACGUCUUUGAAGAAGGGAAGUGGAGCAAUUAAUUGGGUUACAGAUCUGUGUUGACGCUCUCGGGUCCGUGAGGUACCAUCGGAAACUUCAGGAAGGUAAUACUCGGCUCGGCUCAGUCAGUCACUACUGGUAGUCACACAUACGCAGGGCCUGACGUCAAAAUGUCUCUGUUACAUAUAGAGCCUGCAGGAGAGAUGCUAAACCCAUAGCCUCAAUCAACAGAUGGAGAGAGAAAUGGGCCACUUGUGUGUGACACAGCUGCCUGUGGGGUGUGUUAAAGUUUGCAACAUUAUUAUGCUGCUGUGUCUUGAGGGAUUACUUUUUUUCACCCCCUUUGGCUAGAUAACAUUGUGGGUGUUCGACAAGUUCCGUGUAACACGUACAGUAUUUCUGUACUGUCGGUCGGUUGGUUGGUUGGUUGGUUGUGAGGGUGUUGUUUAACCUUAUCCAUAUUUCUCUUCCUUGCAGAGAGGAGUCAGUAAUACCAUGCAAUGCUGAAUUGAGCCAAAUUGAGCCAAGCCAAGCGGAUCUGAACUGAAGUCCUUGUCGCAUCUCGUAGCGUGGCAUCUCAGAUGGAGCUGAAGGUGUGGGUGGAUGGAGUGGUGCGCGUGGUCUGUGGCCUAUCAGAGGAGACUUCCUGCCAGGAUGUGGUCAUCGCACUGGCUCAGGCCAUUGGUCAGUAUCUCAGUCCCUCUUCCUCUCUAGGGUGCGAGUUCUGUCCCUCUACACCCUUAAGGCUCUUUCCAAACCAACCCUGACUAGCCCCUACUCCAUAGUCACUAGAUCUGAAAAGGAUUCAGCAGUAUGGUGAAAAUCCCACUGAUCAUAGGGCAAGUUGGAAUUACUGUAUUACCAUAUUUCUUCCACCUAUCCCAUCCUUUCUGACCUCAAAGAAGUGCCAAGGGGGAAGGGGGCUAGGGGUCAACUUUGUAUGGAGCAAGCUUCUGUCACCACACCCUCAGGCUGAACUGAAGCCACAUACUGCAGUGCCAAAAACUAAACCCCAUAUUUAGCGGUUUCCUUUCCUCUGUGCGUGAGAGGCUGCCAGGUCAUUAGGGAGAGUUUGUCCUCAUUUCAGAGUCCUCAUGGAGAUUUCAGUUUGUUUGAACAUGUUUAUAUGUUGUAUAAGACUUAUACAACAGUCUUCUACUCAUAUUUUUCAUUGCUGAGAGAAGCGAGCGAGAGAGAGAGAGAGAGUUGAGUGAAGGACUGCAGACCUAGAGUUUAGAGUCUUGUAUAGCCAUUAGCAAUAGCCCAGAGCCAGAGAAAGGGCAACUAGCAGUUAACUGCAUAGAUUAUGGAACUUUGGGUGUCAACAUGAUGCCCACUUACUGUAUAUUUAUGUGGUGAUUUGUAGUGAUUUGAUGUUGUUUAUUGUGUUUCAGUUUUCUGACUCUCUCUCACCCUCUCUCUCUCUCUCUGACCCUCUCUCACUCGCUUUAUCUCUCUCUCCCGCUCUCUUCCUGCCACAGGUCAGACGGGUCGCUACGUGCUGAUCCAGAGACUGAGGGACUCAGAGAGGCAACUGUUAGCCAAUGAGAAGCCCCUGGAGUCCCUGGCCAAGCUGGGCCAGCACAGCAACGACGUCCAGUUCUUCCUGCGCCGCACCGGCCCCAGUAGCAGUGAUGGACCAGGGUCUGGCUCUGGCUCCAGCCAGGACCGGGUCGUCCCUCUUCCCCUGCCCAAACACCCCGACCCAGAGCCCCUCAAACACAACCAGCCCAAGAAGUCCCUCACCUUCAACCUGGGGCCCUCCACCUCCCCCAGAACCAAAGCCAAGCAGCUCAUCAGGAAGUCUCCCCGCGACUCCCCCGAACAGAGGGCCUCACCCAGCCCCAUCCCUCCCCACCAUGCUCCCUCCCCCUCCCCACACUCCCCCUCCCCCUCUCCCUCCUCACACUCCCCCUCUCCCUCCCCUCCAGUGGGCCCAUCCAAAGAGGAGGUUUUCCGGCAGGUUCUUCAGCAGCAGGAGAGGUUGAGGGCCAUUGAGGCCCAGCUGGAGGCCAUGGAGAGAGACUCUCGGUCCUGGAACAGGGCCUCCCCAGCCCCCUCCCCUUUCCCAGAGGCUCAUCUCCAGGAGGAGAUGGAAGCUCUGGAGCAGGCAGCCAGGAGGAACCAGGCUGAGUUGGCCCAUGAGACGUUCUGGGAAGAAGAGCUGCAGGUGGAGGUGGAGAGAGAGAGGGGGAUGAGAAGGAGGCUGGGGGAGCUCCAUUCCAAGAUGGACGACUGCGGCCGGAGACUCCAAGACUUCUCAUCUCGCUCCGCCCAGUUGGAGCAGCAGAUCCAACGGGAGAGCUUGGGGGGCGGCGCCCAGCCUGCGAGGGCCAAUCAGGCAGGGGGUGAGGAGUCCCUAGGGGUGAUGAGGGCGGAGCUACAGAGCCAGGGGAGGCACAGCGAGGAGCUGGAGGGGGCGUUAUCAGAGACGGACAAGGCUCUGGGGAAGGCCGCAUCACUGCUGCAGGUAAGGAGAGAGGGCAGGGCCCUGGAGAGAGGGGUGUAGCUCGCACUCUCCUUCACCCACACACCUACCCAGUACCCACGAGAAGCUCAGUGGUUCCCAAAUGGGGGGUCAAUGGUGUGGGACAAACCUGGGAAACCAAGUUAGCCAAUCAAUGACAUCAAUCAAUUAAUGGAUGCCUGCAGCUUAAUGAUCUUUGAUCGAGGCAAAACAUGUUGUGAUCAAGUGGAUCACAUUUGAAAAACUUUAUCAAAAAUGUUUGGGAACCACUGGUGUAGCUACCCUCUCUCACCCCCUCUUGACAGCACACUGCAGCAAACACACACGCAUACACUCAUCAGUGCAAGGACACUCAACAAACAAGUAAAUAUGAUCUCUGACUCCAAUGGUGAUGGGAAAACUUGCUCAUAAUUAAAACAAUGUUUUGUACCUAAAUCUAAUUUUAUGAAUGUUUGUUAUGAAUUGUAAUGUGACCCCUGUUGGGUGUCUGACUGAACUUGCUUGACAGGUAUGAUUGGCUGUGACAGCCUAGUUCUCAUCUGGACUGAUUAGAUACACUCUCCCAUAUAUACGAAUCUGUACUCUCAUUCAUAUGACAUUGACAGUACCUCUACUUCCUUAUAUUCUUUAAUCUGAAAUGGAGAAAAAUUUCAAAACAAAAUAAAGAUCACUAUUCAAUUGCAGUGGUGUAAAGUACUUAAGUAAAAAUACUUUAGAGUACUGCUUAAGUAGAUUUUUGGGGUAUCUGUACUUUACUUUACUAUUUAUAUUUUUGACAACUUUUACUUUUACUUCACUACAUUCCUAAAGAAAAUAAUGUACUUUUUCUCCAUACAUUUUGUCAUUACAGUUUGAAUGUUUAGCAGGACAGAAAAUGGUCCAAUUCACACACUUAUCAAGAGAACAUCCCUGGUCAUCCAUACUGCCUCUGAUCUGGCGGACUCAUUAAACACAAAUGCUUCAUUUGUAAAUGAUGUCUGAGUGCUGGCUAUCCUUACAUUUUAAAAACAAGAAAAUUGUGCCGUCUGGUUUGCUUAAUAUAAGGAAUUUUCAAUUCAUACUUUUACAUUUACUUUUGAUACUUAAGUAUAUUUAAAGCCAAAUACUUUUAGACUUUUCCUCAAGUAGUAUUUUAAUGGUUGACUUUCACUUUUACUUUUCAUUUUCUAUUAAGGUAUCUUUACUUUUACUCAAGUAUGACAAUUGGGUACUUUUUCUACCACUGUUCAAUUGCACAAGUGCAUUUUCUUAUCUUGACUUGGCCACAAGCAGGUCUGUCAGAGAUUGCUGAUAGUUGGAGACAGUAAUGUUGUUUAGAGCCGGACCGAUAUAUCGGUUCACUGAUAUUAUCGGCCGGGAUUGGCCUUUUAACGCUAUAUCGGUAUCAGCUGAUAACUCCACAAUUACCAAUAUUCAAAAAAUUUGAUGAAAAGGGGAAUCUCAUGCUUAUCUGAACACUUGUGGCCAUUCUUAUGAUGUGUCAUUAUUGUCACAAUGUAUGAAAUCAACAUUUGUAGCAUAGUUAUUGGACAAUUGCUCUUUUGGAUGGCAAUUUUUUAAUUUUCCCGCUGUAAAACAGUAUAUCAGUAUCGGUAAGUUUUGCCCCCAAACAAAUCGCAAACAGUAUCGGACCACAAAAAACAUAUCGGUGAGGCUCUAAUGUUGUUGUUGUUGUUGUUGUUGUGGUGAGGCUGUGCCUGCAGUGCCUGGUGAAUAAAGGCCUUACCCAGUUGGAGGAAACACAAGCCUCAUCAUAAUCCACAUGGAACCUGAUACUCGAACAGAGACACUUUGUGGAUCAGGGACACUGUUCAGGUCAGAUACACCCAGAAUUGUAAAUUCUGUUUCAGUAGGAGGAACAGCUUUUUACAUGAAGGUAGAAGAAUGGUUUUGGAAAGUUUAUCCAAGAAAACAAACAGAAGGCUAUACUGAUUGUGCAAAUACCCCCCCCCCUCUUAUUUGUUUAUGUAGCUAUUGAUAUUGUAAUGUUUUUCGUGUGGGUUGAGUGCAUUUGCUACAUCCCACAUUAAGAAAGGGCCAUAGGCGCUCUUAGACUAUUAAAACCCAUCUGCUGGGGAUCCAUAAGUAAUGGCUGUGCUACAUUAAAAGACCAUGAAAAGCUCAUUUGGGAUCAGUUUAUUCUCUAAGUUGGAAUGUGACUUGGUCUACAUGACACUCAUUUAGUCAGUCACAACAUUUCCAUUUCUUAUCCAGAUCGACUUACAGGAGCAAUUGGGGUUAAGUACCUUGCUUAAGGGCACAUCAACAGAUGUUUCACCUAUUUGGCUUGGGGAUUCAAACCAACAACUUUUCGGUUACUGGCGAAACGCUCUUAACCACUAGGCUACCUGGCCCUAUAUGGUCCUUCAAGGAGGAAGGACCCACUUGCUGCCUGGUACAGAACCAUAGCUUGCUGUUCCUCUUGUACAUAACCAUAGCUUGCUGAUCCUCCUCUUGUACAGAACCAUAGCUUGCUGUUUCUCUUGUACAGAACCAUAGCUUGCUGUUCCUCUCGUACAGAACUAUAGCUUGCUGGUCCUGGUUCACUGCAAGGCAAACCCCGUAAGCUGAUAGUAAACAUCAUCAGUAUUGUGUGUUUUUAUGAUGAUGAGCUCACAGCUCCUGUCAUUACCUGAUGAGCUCAGACGUCAAUUCAACGUCUAUUCCACGUUAACGUAAUUUCAUUGAAAUGACGUGGAAACGUUGAUUCAACCAGUGUGUGCCCAGUGGGUAGGUGAUGCUCGGAGCCUAAGAUUUUCACUGUACCCUGCAAACACACCUGCAACCCCUGUAAAUGUGACUAUUAAACACUCUGAAUUUGAAUCUUAAUGGAGAUGAGCCUGCAGGUGUCAACUGUUUCCCACAAAUAAUCCAUUCCAUUCAGGAUCAAUUUCCACAUAUGGGUGGCAGUGUAGAGCACCACUCUCUCUAUCCACCUCCCCCCUCUCUCUCUCUCUCUGUCUCGCUCCCUCUCUCGACUGUUCCGAGAGCGACUUACAGUUGACAGUUGAUGUUGGCAAGACAAGUGGCUUCUCUCUUCUUCUUUUUCACCCAGUUCAAUUACAUUUUACAUUUUAGUCAUUUAGCAGACACUCUUAUCCAGAGCGACUUACAGUUAGUGAGUGCAUACAUUUUCCAUACAAUUCAAAGUUGCAUUCAAACUGAUGGGCAUCUAUACAGUUAAACAUACUUUACUGAUUGUAACAAGCUUAUGAAAUGUAUGUUCAUGAAUGUUACACAUUUGCAGGCAGCAGUGGCUUGCUAGAGAUGUAUGCAGCACGUGACUGUUCGUUAAUAUGAGGAGCAUCUGACAUCUGAGAUUAAUGCUGUGGCUGUUGCUGCUCUCUGGUGGUGGGAAUAGGAAUUACAGCCUUUGAAAGAUUUCAACACCAGUUAGUCUGUGUUUGUUCCAAUGAUUAUGUAACUAACCUAAGUAACCUUGCAAAUUACAUUUCAUGUCUCUGCCAGUUAGCUCUAUAUUUGUGGUUGAUUUAUAUUCCAACUAAGCAGUUCCGAUAUGCAGUAUUUGGAUAUUUGUGAGGUAGUCCCAGAAAACAAAGGAGUUGAUUCAUGCAAUAGCAACAACAUUUUCAUGUUGAAAACAUCUUACCACAAUACAAACAUUACUGAGACUGUCCUAUUUCACAGUGUCAAACAUAGUUCUGUACCAUCUAGGGCAGGUAGCCUAGUGGUUAAGAGCAUUUGACCAGUAAUCAAAAUGUCACUGGUUUGAAUCCCUGAGCCGGCAAGAUGGAAAAAUCUGUUGUUCUACCCUUGAGCAAGGCAGUUAACACCUAACAACAACUGCUCCCUGGGUGCUGAUGAUUUUGAUUAAGGCAGCCCCCUGCACAUCUCUGAUUCAGAGGGGUUGGGUUAAAUGUGGAAGACACAUUUCAUUUGAAUGCAUUCAAUUGUGCCACUGACUAGGUAUCCCCUUUCCCUUGAGAGAAACGAAUAGAAUGAGAAGAGAGAUUUUCUCUUUAAAGCUCAAUCCCAACUUUUGACCUAUCCAACACCUAUGCCUAUAGAAUCAUUAAGUGUGUCAGUGUCGGGGAUAGGGGUCUAUUUGGGAUUAGGUGUGACUGUCCUGGCCCCUUCUCUGUGUCCCUUCCCAGGAGAAGCAGGAGGAGUUGGAUGAGCUGAACAAGGAGUUGAGGCAGUGUAACCUGCAGCAGUUCAUCCAGCAGGCGGGAGUCGUGCCGGCACACACACACUCACGCACAGACCUCAGCGACCAGCUGGACCAGCUAGAACUGGCUCACCUGCUACAGGAAGGAUACAGGAACGGAGGUACGGAUCCACACAACCACACACACACACACUCAGAUGAUUGCUCAUCUUAAACCUCCAUCUCUCUCUCCACCAGGACUGGGCCUGCUCCCCUCAGAGUCGCCUCCCCGCCCCACAGCCAAGCAGUUCCUGGGACACCCCCGCAACCUGCAGAACCCGCUGGUGUCCAGCCUCAACCCCGAGGGUGUGUAUGUUUGACACUCUACCUGCCGCUACCCCACACUGUCCCACUCCGCCCUUCCCUACUGCCCCGGCUUGACUUUUUGGCGGCCACACCCCUCUGUUCUGGUACUAAGGGUGGAGGUCCCCGCAUGGAGCCCCAAACCCCCUCCCUGCCCCCGACGGUUUCCCUUAACAACCUUCUUCUAUCCUCUGACUGCCCCUUACGCCUUUAAUGCUAUCUGAUUCUCUGAUCAUUCUGGUUAUCUGUUAUAUUGGUCCGUCUACAAUCAUGUUAUUCAACUCUGCUUUGCUAACAUCUUACUCAGAUGCACAUCUCCCCUCCAUCUUCUCUCUCUGUUUCUUCCCAACCGCUCUCUCUUUCCCUUACUUCUGUCUCUCUCUCUCAAUCCCCACUCUCUCUAGCUCUGUUUCCGUCAGGCUCUCUCUCUACCCUCCCUUGCUCUCCCUCUCCCUCUCCCUCUCCCUCUCCCUCUCUCUCUCUCUGUGUGUGUGUGUUGUGGACUAACAGUAGCUCUGACUCCUACUGCUCCCUUUACUGCAGCUGUACUGGGACACCCAGCUGAUGUAGCUGUGAGUUCUUCAUGAUUCCCCACAGUAUGUCACUGUGUCCCCUCCCCCAGUCAGUCCAGCGAUGCAGGGUGUCUCUCCACCCUCAGAACAACAGGCCUAUUCUCUACAGACAGCUGUGUCUCAACACAACCACAAUGUUACACUGUCACCACUCUAUUUCUGUAUAAAAGAGUGGGCCUCAUUUGAAUGCAAAAAUACAAUUUUUUUGCUGCUUACAAUUGAUAAAUGAGGCUCAAUGAAUGACCAUUCUGACUGUAGUGUAAAAUAAAAUUGUGUUUGAUUAUUGUGUCAGAGAGGCUUUUAUGUCUCUGUUUGGGAGAUUACUUCCAUAUUGCCUUGUAUGUUGGUGACCUUUGACUUCCAAAGAGAGAGAGAGAGCCUGACCUCAGAGCUCUGUAAGGUGUAUUGCACAGUCCAUUCUCUCCCCUGUGUGAGGUCAUGAAUAAUUUAAACAUGCAUCCUUCCUUCCUUCCUUCCAUGACGUAAUCUCUGAUCCAACUUGAUUGGAUAGGGUAAAGUAAUAUUUCAGAUUAGUCAUUACUUCUAAGGACAGAGAAUGGAACAAUGCAUUUCAGAAGUACUGAUAAAGGGCCACAAACUUAGUAUGUGGGAUGUUGGGUUUCCUCCUAACUGGUUGGAAUGGGUUUCCCCGGUGUGUGUGCUCUCUCCCUCCUCCUUUGGACUGUUUCACUGGCUUUAAUGGGGAAAUAGAAGUAGCAUGCUUGAGGUAGAAGUUGCCCCUCACCACAGAUCUAGGAUCAGAUGUCCCUAUGACCCAAUCCAUUAGGUAGUUAAAUAAUUAUCUGAAUCAGACUCUGAAUCAAUGGUUAGGGCCAACUUCUACCCACUACCAGGGCAUGCUUUACUAUCUCUAUCUAUCAAGCUCUCCUUCCGCCUUAACAAGAAAAUUGGUUUCGAGAAAAGUGUUUUCCAAACCAAACCAAACCAAAUGAAUGGAGACAUCAUCCCCACUUAUUUUUGUGUAUCUUGCAGUCGUGACAUCCAGAGAAUCAUCAUGGAGAUAAAACAAGGGACGGCAGGGCCAAGGAGUUGUUCACUGUUCAGUUAAAGGGAUAGUUAACCCAAAUUACAAGUUACACAAUGGUUUCCUUACCCUGUAAGCAGUCGAUGGACAAGGUAUGACAGCAAUCCAUGCUU